AUGACAACCGGCGAGUCAAAAGAUGAACGUGACCGAAGAGUUGCGAAACUCUGGGAAAGCCUGGAUGCUCAGAAGCAAGGUCAUAUCGAUCUCAAUGGCCUAAAGAAGGGAUUGAAGAAAAUCGACCACCCCUUGAAAAAUGCGGAUGACAUGUUACAGAAUGUCUUGCGGACGGUCGAUACAAACGGUGAUGGGUACAUAGAUUAUUCCGAAUUCCGAGCGUUUGUCAACCAUACGGAAUACGGACUGUGGCGACUCUUCCAAAGCAUCGACCACAACCAGAAUGGGGAAAUAGACAAGAACGAGCUUCGAGCUGCUUUUUCGAACUCUGGGAUAACGCUCUCGACCGCAAAGCUGGACGCCUUCUUUGAGGAUGUGGACUCGAACAAGGAUGGCGUCAUCUCAUAUGCAGAGUGGAGGGAUUUUCUUCUCUUUCUACCUGCCUAUUCGUCGUCCAAUCUACACGCUGUCUUGUCAUAUUACACGGCCACGGGCAAUCUAAACCCGGAAGGAGAUGUCCACAUCAAUGAUCUGCAGGGUUUAGGUACAGACCACCCGUUUCUUAAACGUUAUCUUUUGGCCAUUAAAGUCAUUCUGUACAAUAUCUUCCCAGUGCACGCCUUGUCAGCCUUGAUUCCAUCAGCGCAUGCAGAAGCUGGCGGGACGUUAUCCUUGAGCGCCGCUCUUAAGCAUGAUCCUUUUCUCCUAGACGAUGACUUCGAGCUGGAGUGGCUGCCCAUACCUAGGACUGUCGCCAUGUGGAUGUCCUUCCGUUACUAUGAACAGAAGUUGACCGAGAACACUCCCCAAAUAGGUUAUUUUCUUGCGGGCGGUAUCGCAGGUGCCGUGUCAAGAACAGCUACCGCGCCCUUGGAUCGACUCAAGGUCUAUCUCAUCGCCCAGACUGGGGGAAAGGAAGCCGCGGUUCAAGCGGCAAAGGAUGGUGCUCCGUUACAAGCAGCUGGGCAGGCUUCUAAAACGCUUAAGGGUGCGAUAAGAGAGCUAUGGCGUGCUGGGGGGAUUCGGAGCCUGUUCGCAGGCAAUGGAUUGAACGUUGUGAAGGUCAUGCCCGAAUCAGCCAUCAAAUUCGGAGCCUACGAGUCUGCCAAACGCGCAUUUGCCCGCCUGGAAGGUCAUAAUGACCCGAAGCGGCUUAAACCUACUUCGCAGUUCUUGUCCGGAGGGUUUGGUGGGAUGGUAGCACAAUGCUUCGUCUACCCACUUGAUACCCUCAAAUUCCGAAUGCAGUGUUCUACCGUUGAAGGUGGCUUGACAGGCAACCAGCUCAUUGCAGCUACUGCUCGAAAGGUGUGGGAGCGAGCAGGCCUGUUGGGGUUCUUUCGUGGGUUGCCGCUCGGCGUCUUUGGCAUGUUUCCAUACGCUGCCAUCGAUUUGACGACCUUUGAAUAUCUGAAACGUGCCCUACUCGCCCGGCAAGCUCAGAUCAAUCACUGCCAUGAGGAUGAUGUCCCACUCAACAACUUCACCACAGGAGCCAUCGGUGCCAUCAGUGGUGGAUUCAGUGCUUCUGUCGUAUAUCCACUAAAUGUUCUGCGAACUCGGUUACAGGCUCAAGGCACUGUCCUCCACCCAACCACAUACUCCGGUAUCCUCGACGUCGCUCGCAAGACUCUCCAAGCCGAAGGACCUCGUGGCUUCUACAAAGGGCUGACACCGAAUCUCCUCAAAGUAGCGCCUGCCGUGUCCAUCAGCUAUGUUGUAUAUGAGAACUCGAAACGAAUGCUUGGGCUGAGAUAG